UCUAUCGCCAGUAGGAUAGGCGAUAAUGAAAAUGGAUAACCCGAUAACCGUCAAGCGACAUUCGAGUUUCGACAAGUGACAACCAUUUACAUUUUACAGUCGAUGGGUACAAAAUACUAAUUAUAAAUGUAAUUCGUAAUGCCAGUAAUACAGUUCCAGAAUCAAGACUUCCAGUGUUCCACAAUUAGUGACAUGUGACAUUUAUUGAAUAGUCUUUAGUUUUCACGUACUUACUAAAUGAAACGUGAACUCGUGAAACCAAAUUUUGAAUUUCCGUAUCAACACAAUUGAGAAUAUGAAGUUAUAAACUUCACAACAUUGUGGUUUUUUAAACACUCAACAGUCUGAAAUGUGAAACUUUUGCGAUUUAUUUAUAAUUUGUAAAAAAAUUGUAUACAGAAUGUCCACCAUUAAAUUAUGUUUGUGUGCACUACACACAGAUAUUGCACUAAACGGUAGUAAUUUGGAUGUUCAAGCUGCUCAACAGCACAUUUAUCAGAUAAAUCAGUAUUUCAAAAGUGACAUAACAUCUAUCGAAUCGGAGCUAGCUCUCAAAAUAUUAUUUGCUGAUGAUAAAGGAAUUUUAUGUUUUGCAAAAUCAAUAAUCAGCUUAGAUUCAAUAAAUACUAAAAUAAUUACAGCUGAUAUUCUGUUCUUAUUUCUUCAGUUAAUUGAGUCAUUUCCUACAUAUGUUGUUUAUUACAUAAAAUUAAUAAUGAUUUUAUGUAAUCUAUGCACCAACAAUUUAAAACAAAGCACAGACAUAAGUACAAGAACUUAUCAAAUAUAUGAAAAACUAUUAGAGAAAAAUCAUUUCAGUGAUCAAAUUGAAAUCAAUAAAAUAAUUGAACACUUAAAUUAUCAAGUUUCGUUAGGUGACAAAAUAUCCCCUACAGCCCGCCAACAUAUAUAUAAUCUAUUUGGUGUAAUUGCUCAACAUCAUCCUAUGUACUUAAAAAAUUAUGAAGAUAAACUCAUGAAUCUGUUUUGUUACGAACUUCAAAGUCAGAUAGAAAUAAGGGAGAUAAAUUUAAAAAAAUGUUUAUCUCCUGUGGCUAUAGGAUGUUUAAAUGGAUUGACAGGAUUUUUAAAUAAUUUUGCAGACCAUAUCAAAACUCAUGAUUAUUGUUUACGUAUAUAUGAAAUAUUAAAAAAAUUAAUUGGAACUGUUGAAGAAAAAAAAAGACAUGUUAUUAAUCGAACUGGUCUAAAUUUAUUUCAAAAACAUAUUCAAUUAUUUUUGAAGUUAAUAUUUCAAAAUGCAUCUGAAGUUAUGUGGUUUCAAAAAAAACUUUGGGAUUGGAGUUUAUUACCAAAUAUAGAAGAUAAAAAAAUUGGAUUAUCUUCAUUUGAAGUUCUUUAUAAAGGUGCUUCAAUAGAAUUUGCAAGACAAAAUAAAAUAAUUGAAUCCAAUAUCAGAAAUGUUCAACAAGAAAUAAUAAAAAAUAUGAUUAUAUUUCUAAAACACAAGUUAUAUGAUUUCAAAUUAAAUCAUCAAGAACAUGCUGUAGUAGUGAGAAGUAUAGGUUGGUUAGCAGAACCCUGUAAUAAUCUUUUGGGAGAAGACAAUUUAAUUGGAAUAUUUACUAUUUUGUCACUACAAGCUGAUGAAAAAUUUUUAAAUUGUCCAUUGGGAAAAAAAUCUUAUGAUCCAAACGCAGCUAAUUACUUGAAUUCAUUAUCACUAAUUAUAAGAAAUAUUAAAACUUUAAACACCGAUCAAGUUUUAUUUAUUCAGAGGUUAAGCAUUUACUGUUUCAAUGAUUUUAUAUCUGCUCAAUCAAAAUCUGAAUGGCAAGACAAUAUUAGUAAUGCUAUAGUUAUUUCCAUAUACUGUUUAGCUUCGUCUCAUGGAAAUAUUUUGGAUAAGUACUUAAAACAAUUAUUUUAUGUGGGAUUAAUAAAAUCUUGUUCACAUCGUGCAGCUAUUGAUGCUGAAAUAGUAGAAGAAUAUACUGGGCAUGUAUUAAUAAAAAGCACUAAUUAUGUUUCACUUUGGAUAUCUUUAUUAAAAGCUCAUCAAUGCCAUUUGUUUGAUUUAUAUUUAAAUAUACCAAUAAUAGUGAAAUCUAAACUAGAAAAAUCACUAAUGUGUAGUUUUAUGUCCAGUGUCUUGAAAAUAAUAAGAAAAUUGGAUUUAUCUACAAAUAAAUCUUCAAACGAACUUGAAGUUGAAUAUAUUGCCAGAAAACCUUCAGAUAUUACAGCACUGAUUAAUUUAGUGCAAAUUUACAGUAGUAUAUUGCAUAACAUUGAGCUCGAUAUUGAAACUGCAUCUGCAUGGUUACCGUAUACCCUUAAUGUUGUAAUUAAUCAUUCUAUUGAACUUCCAACUAUUAGUUCAAUGUAUAGGAUAUUAACCGUUAUUUUUCAAGAGUUAGAUUGGUGUACAUUUUUAGAGAAUAUUAAUAAUAAUAGUACUAAAGAAAAAAUUAUAGAUUAUGUGAAUUGUGUUAUGGUAUAUGUACUUACAUUUAAAGGAGAUUUACAACAUUGCUGCCUUGAAAUGUUGAUGAGCUUACCUUCAACUAUUGUUAAAGAAAUACUAAAUAUUCAGAUAGUGGAAGUUGUAAAAACUACAUUAAUUGUGGGUUCAACAUUUUUACCCUUGGCAAAAAGUGCAGUAAAUGCUCUUGAGAGAUGGCAACAAGAUUUGUCAAAGAAUGAAAUGGAUCAACUAUUAAAAUGUAUCAUGCCAUAUCUUGAUUUGUUACUUAGAACUAAAGGAUACGACAACGAAGUUGAAUUAAAUAAUUUAAUACUAGAUCAAAUGCAAUUACAAAACAGUAGAAAAAGAUCAUUAACUAAACAUAGUAAAUUAAUUACAAAACCAGAAACUGAACUAGAGAUUGUUCAGAUAAAAAUUCUUGAAUAUUUAGCUCAAUUGGAUAUGUCCACUUGUUUAGGACUUUUGGGAGACCCAAAUAAAAUUAUAAACUAUCCACUCAACAUAAUAAACUACAAAUUAUCAUUUAACGAUUGCAAAAUAAACAUUUCUUUUGAUCAUCUUCUUCCUAGAAUUUUAGAGUUAUGCCAAUAUUGCAGCAAUCGUCAAAUUCGUUUUAUUGCAUGUGAAAUUUUCCAUGCCUACAUGAUGCUUUAUCUUGGAAAUAAUCUUAUUUUAGAACGUUCUAAACCAACAGAAAUGGAAAGAGUUACAAAAAUAAUUAUUCCAAUAGUUAUAAAAUUAGCUUGUGACAUGGAUAAUCUAGUUCAACAACUUUUUGAACCUUUAGCAAUUGGAAUUGUGCAUUAUUUUGCAAGUGGAAUCCAGUAUAAUAGUAUUUAUACUCCUAUAAUUAUUGAUAUUUUAAUGGAUAGUAUAUCAGAAAAUAGCAAUGAAGCAGUUAGAGAUUUUUCUUCAAAAUGUAUUAUGGAAUUUUUACGCUGGACAUUAAAAGAAGACAACUUAUCUCAAAAACUUUCAAUUAGUUUGCGCAUUAUUAUAAAAAAAAUUGAAUCCUUUUGUUUGCAUUCUGAUCCAAAUAAGCAGCUAGGAGCUGCUAUUGCUUUUAAUUCCUGCUACUCUAUACUACGAGAAGAUGAAACUGUUAUUAAUGAAUUGUGGAUUCAAUUAUUAUAUUAUUUUGUUGUUAUUCUUGAUUCAACCAAAUCGACAAAUUCAGAACAACAUGUUUUAAAAUCUAUAGAUCAUCUACAAAGAGUAUUCUUGGAAAAAUCAAACUUAUUUAAUGAAGUUUGUAAUUCACGAAAAAUACCAAAACCAUUUCAUGGAACUCAAUUAUUUAAUAUAGUUGAAUGGCUUUUGAGAUAUAUUGGAUCACCAAUGACCAAUUGUAGAUCAAAGUGUAUUGAUGUGGCAAAUUCCCUUUCUAGGAAUGUAAAAGAUCACAAUUCAUUAAAAAGCAUAUUAAAUUCUUUUAUAAUAUCACACGGAGAAAAUGAAUUAAUUAAGUGUAUUGAACGAGAUUUAAAUUCAUAUACAGUUUUGAAGAACAUAAACAUAUUAAUACAUUGGUUGAAUCAACUUAUUGCUACUUUAGAUUGUUAUACAUCACUUUUUAAAGGAAGUAUGAUGGAUACAAACCUACUGAAAACCCCCUAUUCUUGUUUGUUUCAGUCUAUCCAUCAGUUUUUAUUUCAUAUUGAAGAAUUCAGUUUAAUGCAAUGGUUAACAUCUAUGAAUAUACCAUUCAAUGAAAGUGACAAAGAUAUUAUUAUUCAAUCCAGACAUUUUAAUACUUUAAAGAACCAUAUUAUAGUUGGUAUUUUUCAAUUCAUAAAUGUAUUUGAUAGUAAUUUAAUAUGUGAAUUGUUGGAUGAUGCAAAUCAGGAGAAAAUUUACGAUCUUGCUAUCAAAUGUCUGUUUGAUUGUGAAAUGGUUUACUCUGAUGAAAAAAUAAAUCUCCACAAACCAGUGAUAGUUCAAUUUAUUAAAAUAACCUGUGUUUCAAAUAAAUUUAACAACAAAUUGAAACAACAUCUUUCAGCAAAUUGGUCUGAAGUUAUCUUCAAUUUUAAUACAUUAACUGAAUAUACAGCAAAAAUAAACUUUGUUGCUGUAAAUCAGCUGAUCCUUGAAUGCAAUAUAUUUUCAACUAUGGAUCUUGAAAAAAUUGUGAAUCGAAAAUAUAUUCUUGAAAAUGUAUUUAAAUAUGUAUACAAUGAUGGAGUAAUUAUAGAUGUUGAGUCACUUAGAUUGUCAUACCUGGAAAAUUUGAUUGAAUUUUUAAUAAACCUUGAUUAUGAGAAUGAUAUAAUAAUAUUAUUAAUCAUGGAUAAGAAUUAUAAUAUUGACAUAAACAAAUAUAAACAAAAAGUAUUCGGUCAAUAUUUCUUUAGUUUAUUCAGUAAACCAAUAACUAAGUAUUUUUUAAAAAAUCCUGACAUUUCAAUUAUUAAACUGCUUACUGAAUACCCAUUAAGUGAUCAGACAUUGUAUGUGAUCUUAGAAGUUCUUAAAACAUUGAAUAAUAAAAAAAAAGAUAACCAAGGAAAGAUACUAAUUGAAAAAAUUGUAAGCAGUGAAAAAUUCUGUGAACAGUUAAAAAAUGAAUUUUCUUGGAAUGAAAUAUUUGAAUUUGUCGAAUUAUCAUCUAAUGUAAUUGAUACAUUUAGAAAUGAAAGCAUGACAUUUUUUCAGAAAUGGAUUUGUGAUAAUUUGACUAAUAGCAAUUUGAAUAUUUAUCAUAAAUGCCGACUUCUUGGAUUUUUACCAAAAUUAGUCUCAAGUCAAAAUUAUAAAGAGCCUCUUGAUUAUACUAUUAGAAAAUGUCUAAUUGACUUUAGAGAUAAACAUUUUUCUGAGACCUCGUCAAAAUUAAAACCGCAUAGUAUAGAUCUUACUAAUAUAGUAACUACAUUUCAAAAAAUCUUAACUGGUAUGGAGUUGAGUUCUUCAUAUUUAUUAUUUGAAAUGAUAGUUGAAUGGUGUAUUAAAGAUCCCAACCAUGUAUUUUUUGAACGAGUGGAAAAUUGUUUGCAUUAUUUUUUUAAAAGACUAUCUGAUGAAACUCAACUUUUAUGUUGGUAUUUUGUCUAUGAAAAGUUUCGAAAUGAAUUUAUAUCUGAAAGUAGAAGAGAAAUGAUUUCUAACAUUUUCCUAAUCCCCAUUAUGUCUUGUUGUAGAAAAAAUGUAAUUACAAAAAUUUAUACAGAUAUAAUUGAUUUUAUUUUGAAGACAGUUAAUGAGAAUCUUUUGGCAAAUGACAGUGGAAAAGCACGACAUUUAUUAAUAUCAAAAAUAGCUUGUUUUAAGCUUAUAGAAGAGAUGUUCAAGUUCUUUACCAACAUAGAACUUAAUGAUGGUUGUACUAUACCAUACACAUAUAUUGGAAGCCAAUCUAAAAAUUUAAUAACUCAGUUUAGAACUUCUGCUGUGAAAGUUCGUUAUAGUAAUGUUGAUUACACAAAAGGAUCAAAUAAAAUAAAACAUUUGUUUAGACAGUUACAUUGUUCUUCAUAUAACGCACUUAUUACUAUUAUUAGCAAUACUGAAGAUGAUCAUAAUAAAUACACAAUAUUUCUGUUUAAUGAGCGUCCACCGAAACAAUUUAUUUGGAGAAAUUUAGUAGAUUGUACUAUACGUUAUGAAUUUCCUAUUGAUUUUGAAAAGGUACCACAACGGAAAAAAAAACUAAUUAACAUAAGGACAAAAUCCAAUCAGAAUAUACCUGAAGUGUAUAUUGAUUUGAGUAGUCAUUUAAAGAAUACACUUGUUGAAGAUUUGGGAAGCUAUGAUUAUAAUAAUUCUUAUUUAAGAUCAAACUUUGUAGAAGAUUGCUCAUCACCGAAUUCACAAUCCCUCCAUAAAAUGUUUAGUGUUGAACUAGAAAUGGACAGUUUCAAUAAUCAUGAAUGUAUGGCACAUUUGUGUGCCGUUAUAAAAUACUUAAGUUCAGAAAACAUGAUUGGCAGUGCAAUGAAACCUAAUGUAGAUAUGCCAGAUUGGAUGAAUAAUUUAAAAUUAGUAUUCUGUGAUAAAGCAACAGACACAAUUAAUUCAAAAAUAUUGCUUAUAAAAUUGAUAAUUAACUGUGAAACUAAUUUUGAACCAUAUGCAAAACAUUGGCUUUGUCCUUUAAUGGAAUUUGUAUUAGAUAAACAUCUUGGGAAUAAUUUAAAUUAUGUUAUAACUGAUGUGGUAUCAAUGCUUGUUUCAUGGCAUAAUAUUGCAGUACCGUCCACAGAAUAUGAGAAACUCCUUGCUAAAAAAUUAUUAUGUUUUCUUUUGUCAGUUUCCCAUAGUGAAAUAAAAAAUGUAUUUAAGCACAACAUGGAAUUCAUCAAAUUUAUUGUGGAAAAUUGGAAAUGUUCUCUAGAAAUGGAUUAUGAUGAACUUUUAUCUUUAAUAAAACCAAAUCAAAUAAAUGACAAAUCAUUAGAAUGUGGUUUGCAUUUAAUUGGAAUCUUAUCUGCCAAUGGUAUUAUACCAUUCAACGAAUUUAAUAAAAAAAAUUUUUUAAGUUCCCUUACUGGAACUCUAAUCCAUAACAAUCAAGUGAUUUAUUUGCUUAGCUCAGAAAUAUUUGGAAUGCUAUUAAAGAUCUAUUAUGAAAAUUCAACAAAUGAAAUGGAACUGUUGCAAUGUCUGUCUUUAGUUUUAACAUUUUCUGAAAGCAUGGAUGCAACAAGAGUUUUAAGUUGUCUGUAUUAUAUUCAUAAGCAUUACUCAAAGAUUAUUGACAGUUAUUUGGAUGAUUUAUUUCAUAUUUUUGAGAAACUACAAGGUAUUCAUCGAACUCAAUGUUUAGAAAUGAUUCUGAAUAGAUUGGCCAUAAUUAAUAAUCCAUAUGAAAAAAUUACAAAACUAAAUGGCUUCUUCAACAUGCUAAAAGACAACGGAACUGAUGAUCAACUAAUUUGUUUAAACAUUACUUUACAACUUAUACCAACUAUUGAUGCCAAAAAUGUCAUUAUAUUAAUAAAAAUAAUUGCUGACAUUUCACAACAAUAUAAUAAUGAUCAUAGAAAGUUGAUUUAUGAUAUUAUGUAUAGCACUUAUGAAAUUUACUUAGGAAAUAACACUGAUACUUCAAAACAAAUUACAGAACAAUGUAAAAAGGUCUUAUUAAAUGGUCUUAUGGAUAAUGAUGAUGAACUUCGCCAUAAAGUAUUUAGAUUUUGGGCUGACGAUAAAAGAUUACCACUGAAAUGCGUUGAUCGCUUACUAAUUCUUUUGGAUCAACUCUAUUUACCAGAUAUUGAAUCACAUUUUCUAGGAAAUUUUGUUAGCAUACUACUAGAAUCAUGUUGCACAUCUCUAGAUUACGAACAAAAAAUAUUUCAAUAUCCUCUGCAUGCUUGUGAAUUUGAAGAUUAUAAUUUAACAGCAUCAUGGCGUGCAAAAAAUAUGUCUACUUUUCCUAAGUAUGCUGAUACUAUAGUCGGCCAACUUAACCGUUCAAAUACACUUGGAAAUUCUGAAUCUAAUAUUCAGCAAAAAUUCCAACUAAAAAAUACGAUGACUUUACAGUUUCAACCCACCAUAGUUCAAACUCAACUAACUGAUAACAUUUCAACUCUAGAGUCUUAUUCUCAAAUGUCAUUGAAUGAAAUAAACAUAUCUACUUUGAAUGUAAAUCAACAAAACUGGAAUCAAAAUUUUGAUAAUAUACUAAAUUCAAAAUCAGAUUUUAUACAGAAAAAAAAAGUACGUAUAUUAAGUGACAAAUCAAUAUUAAGUAAACAAUUUGCAAUGAAAAAUGUACAAACAAAUGUUAAACGUGAAAUAUUUAAGAAAGAAAGAGCACAAAAACGUGAAUCAUCUGUUAAUAUGUACAGAAAAUAUAGGAUUGGGGACUUUCCUGAUAUUGAAAUUACAAAUGCAUCUGUAAUUAAGCCAUUGAUUGAAUUAUCCAAAAGGGAUAAUAAUAUAGCAAGAAUAAUUUCAUCAUCAAUCAUGUGCGGAUUGAAAAAUAAUCCAAAAAUUAAUCAGCAAUAUUUUGAAAGCUUGAAUAAAUCUUUGACUACUAUGAUAAAUCACAGUCAUUGUAAUCAUAGUCUUGUAGGCUUUAUCUUAGAUACAGCAUACUGUUAUCCUACCCAAAUUAAUUUAGAUCCAAAUAGAGUAACUGAAGUUGCAACAUCAUGUGGCUUAAUGUCAUUAGGAGCAUUAGUUAUAGAAACAUCAAUUAAUUAUUUACAAUCAAAUCAAGUUGAUGAACACAUUGAAAAAAAAUCUAAAAUUACAUACAAACACCUAGAUGAUAAUUGGAUAAAAUUAGCCGAGAUAUACAAAAAUAUGGGUGAAUUGGAUGUUGUUGAAGGUAUAUUUCACGAAAAAAUUAAUAAUCUAUCAUGUGAUUCAUUUAAAGAGGCAUUGAAAGCUGAACAAUCUCAUGAUUGGCGAAUUGCUCAAAUGAAGUUCAAAUCAGUAUUAGAAUGUAAUGAUGAAAAUAUAAUUUUAGAAAGUGAUAAAGAUUUUUUGUUUGAAGAAUAUUAUAAAUGCUCAGAGAAUUUAUCUGAUUGGAAAGAAAUCAACAAAAUGUUAAAAUCUCAAACUGGAGAAAACUAUGAGAAAAUUUGGGACAAUAAUUGUUAUAAAGACCAUCUUUUACAUAGAAUUUUACAUUCAGAAUUAAAUGAAAUACUUAAUGGCAUAUCGGAUGGUAAAUUUAUAGGGACAUUCAGCGAUUGGUUAAAUGAUAGAAAUAAAGAAGAAUAUAUAUUGACUCGUGUACCAGCUCAAGCUUGUAUGAUAUUUUUAUGUUGUGAUGAUUUAAAUAAAGCACAGCUAUGGUGUAAACUUGGAAUGCGCAACUUUCUUAAAGAAUGGGAAAACAUAUCACCUCAAUAUUAUAAACUACGUGCUGAUAAAUUAUUAAAUUUACAAACACUUUCUGAAAUCUAUUAUUUCACAAAAUUAUCUUCAAUUCAAUCAUAUGAUGAUACCAAAAUAAUUAGAAGACAGAUUCAAACAUGGCAAUCUCAACUGCCCAUAGAUUCUGACUCAUUAUUACUAUGGGAUAUCAAAAUGCUCAACAGGUCAAUUUUCUUAAAUAAGAUCAAGACAGAUAUAGAUGAAUUGCCAACAGAAAAAAAAUGUUGUUUUAAACAAAUUUUAAACAAUUAUGAAGUGGAGUCAAUGUUAGCUUUAAUUGAAAGCGCUAUAAAUAAAAAUAAUUUUUAUGUUGCUAAAAAAUACAUGAAUGAGUUUAGAUUUGAAAAUACUGAAAAUUGGACAUCAGAUUUUAUACUAUGCCGUAGUAAAAUAUUAGCAAUGUCUAGUUAUUAUACAAUUGAUACAGAAAAGAAACUUAAAUACUAUUUAAAUUCUUGGUCAGAAUUAGAUAAUAUGAUCAAAGAACAGUGUUCUUCAAUUUGUUUAUUAAAAACUAAUUUUCAUAUUGCAAAUAUUUCUAAAAAUAUAUCACAUGUUUUACAUGAAAUAUCAGAUAUUAGUUUGUUAUCAAAAAAUAUAUUAUUAGAGAUAAUGAGUAAAAUAAAAAGCAACAUACAAUUUGGAAGCCUCGAUGAGGUUUUGCAACAAAUUGACUGUUCUAUUAUACAGAACUUAAAAAAUUGCAUACAUAUUGCUAUUAAUAGUAGUUUAAGUACUAAAACGAUUAUUGAUUCUCAUUUGAUGUUAGCUCAAUAUUGUUUGGAGGAAAUCAAUUUUAAAGAAAACACUGAAGACCAUCAGAAAUAUAUAUUGUUUAUAGAAUCUGUUUUAAAAGCAAUGAAAUAUGGUUCUAAAAAAGCAUCAGAAUUUUUUCCUAUAAUAUUGCAGUUUGAAAAUCUAUCUGACUGUUCAUUAAAAGAAACAUUCGUUUCAGAAAAUCAAAAUGUUCCAGAGUAUAUGUUUCUGCAAUGGAUAAAUCAGAUUUUAGGUUGCUUGGAUUCUCCUCUAAUUAAUGUAAUUGGUCCACUUUUAAUUCGUUUAUGUCAAGCUUAUCCUAAAGCUAUUCAGUUACCUUUGAACAUUUUCAUGGAAAGAAAUGUGUAUAAUAAUGAAGAGUGUGAAACAUUCUUGAAGGCUAAGUAUGUCAUUUAUAAAUUUAUUAUUGAUUAACUAUAGUGUAGUGUAAUCAAUUGUUUCUUUGUUUAUUAUUAAUAAAUUAUUAUAUUUGUUGUCUACUACACAUCUGCCGAGUUGACGGAGACGAAAAUUAAACUUAAUCCUAAUCAAAGUCAACUUCUAUUUUAAUAAUGUAAUACCUAUACCUGGGUCUAACUAUAAUCAUAACUGUAAUUGUAAUUUUUAUGAGAUAAUCAGUUAUAGAUUAGUUGGUUCAAUGUGAUAUACAUUAUUCGGUUAGCCAAAAAUUUCAAUUUAAUUAUUCAGUCAUUACUUAUUCAAUUUAUACCCCUCCUUGUGGACUUUGACAAAAUUCAAACAAAAUGUUAGAUAUUAAAU